UGCGCGGCGUGAGGUGGGGCGGAGGCGUCUACCCCCGCGAAGGAGCCCUCGGAGCCGGGCGGGAGAGGCGGCUGUCGCUGCGGCCGUAGCGCUGCCCUGAGGGAGGGUACGGAGGCACGGUGCCGGUGCGGGGAGAGAAGAAGGGUGCGCCCGCCUGCCUGCGCGGGCCCGGCUCGCCACGGUGCCCUGUGAGAAGCGAGAGGAAGGGGGAGGCGGCGGCCGCGGGGAGGAGGGCGCUGCCAUCGUCCUGCUGCACGGCAAGGCCAGCUUGGCGAGCCUGGCCAUGGCCGCCAUCCGCAAGAAGCUGGUGGUGGUGGGGGACGGCGCCUGUGGCAAGACCUGCCUCCUCAUCGUCUUCAGCAAGGACGAGUUCCCCGAGGUCUACGUGCCCACCGUCUUUGAGAACUAUGUGGCCGACAUCGAGGUGGAUGGCAAGCAGGUGGAGCUGGCCCUGUGGGACACGGCUGGCCAGGAGGACUAUGACCGCCUGCGCCCUCUCUCCUACCCAGACACCGACGUGAUCCUUAUGUGCUUCUCUGUGGACAGCCCGGACUCGCUGGAGAACAUCCCAGAGAAGUGGGUGCCUGAAGUCAAGCACUUCUGCCCCAACGUCCCCAUCAUCCUGGUGGCCAACAAGAAGGACCUGCGCAACGAUGAGCACGUGCGCAACGAGCUGGCCCGCAUGAAGCAGGAGCCGGUGCGCACCGAGGACGGCCGCGCCAUGGCCAUCCGCAUCCAGGCCUACGACUACCUGGAGUGCUCGGCCAAGACCAAGGAGGGGGUGCGGGAGGUCUUUGAGACGGCCACCCGGGCGGCCUUGCAGAAGCGCUAUGGCACCCAGAACGGCUGCAUCAACUGCUGCAAAGUCCUAUAGGGUGCAGCCGGAGCGCGGUGCUGGGCACAGCCGGUGCCCGGGUCGCCUGUUGGCAGGCGGAGAGGAGCUGGGUUAUGCGUGCAGGGAUGGGGGUGUCUGCCUGUCCCCCUCCACUGGGGGCUGGCGGUGGAUCGGGGUGGGGGCUAAGGGAGGGGAGGAAUGCUCCCUCAGCCUUGGCCCCAAAGGGUUGUGCUGGCUCAGCCAUGGGGACAGAGGGGGGUGGGGGUGGGAAUUGCAUGCCCUGAGUCUUGGGAAUCAAGUGGGGAGAAGCCUUCUCCCACCGCCGGCCCCUGCGAGUGCGUCGUGGGCUCUCGACCGCAGAAAGCUGCUGAGAAUGGACUGAGCAGACGUUGUGCCCGGCUCUUCCCCUCCACCUGCUGCUCCCAGCUCCCGGGCGGCCUCCUCUCCUUUUGCAAGAGGAGAGCGUCGAAGCCGAGAUGCUGGAAGGGACUUCUGCCUCCUCCUGCCUGCAUGUGCCUCCCCCCGGGUGGGCUGGGGAAGGGGGGCCGUGUCUCCCCGGGCUGCCCACCGUGUCCUCGCCUCUCCCACGGGUGUCUCGGCCUGAGCCUGACCUGCUGGGGAAGUUGGUGCCCUGAAGACCGAGACCGGGAGGGGAGGGCCAUCCCAAGCGACGCCUGUAUAUAUCUUACCUUUUCUGUCUUGUGCAAACUGGGGUAGUGCAGGGGGUGCUUGUUUAAAGUGAGGUGGGGAGGGAGUGCCCAGCUGGGACUUGUGUUGUGCAAAGGAACUUGCCUUGAGUGACUGAUGCCUGCUGAUGAUGCGAGCCUUCGACCCUCUCCAGCUGCAGAAGCCACCAGGCUGGAAAGUAAAGCUGACCUGCUCUGUCCUCCUUGCUGGACAUCCUCCUCCCGACGGCCCCAGCAGGAUGAGCGAGGGGGAAGGGGAUGAUAUUGCCAUAUUAUGAUCUUGGUGCCUGCUCCUUCCUUUAAUGUUGUCUUCUGCGAGUGUGUUGAUUUGGGUUUAUUUAAAAAAAAUUAUUUUUCAAAAGAAAUUACUUUGCACAACUUGGUGGAUUUUUUUUUUUUAAAUUAAACACUCAAUGCACUUGUCAUCUGCAAACAACACUGUAGCAUUGGAAACGUUCGUACUCGGUAACCUCAUCUGGGUCUUGUUUUAAAUUGUGAUUUCAACACAAGACAAAACCACUGUAUCUUUUUGCCUUGGAAAAAAUGGGUGAAAGCGCUGUUCCUUAUGCAGUGAGUACAUCAGACAUUUAAUACUAAAGGGCAAUUUUAAAGAAUCUAGGUUUAUUUAAAACUUUAUUUUCACAGGGUAGCCAACCCCAGGUGAAAAUAAUCUUGUGUUUCUCUGGUUCAGAGAACAAAUCUAUCCAUUUAUGUUUGUUUACUUUUUGUCCCUCUUCCCUCAACAGUGGUACUGAGACUGUUCUGUUCUUGUUUUUAAUAAACUGACGUGGCAAAAACUGAGAUGUAUAUGAUGUUUACAUAAAAUUAUGAACUGUGUAUGCAGGUUUUUUUUUAUGUAAAGUAUUAAAAGAUUCUAUGCUGACA